UUAAGAUAUUUACUAUAAAGUAAAUUUAAAGAUUUUGCACAAUCUCUUUUAAGAUUCGUAUUUCGUUUUGUCAAUUAAUUGGCGUCGCUAGCAAAUUUAACAAAUUGUAAGUUUCGUUUGUAUUAUGCAUAACAUCUUGACAUGCUUUAUAUUAUUUUGAUCAAUCUAUGUUUCUUUAAAAAAUAACUAUAGGAUAUUCAUCCUACCUGCAAAGCAAUACAAAGUAUUGCGACGGAAUUGCCCCAAUGAUCCUUCUAGUCAGCGCAUGAUUCUAUCUUUUGAAUUUCAAUGGUCCGAGUUCUAUGCCCUUUUAAUAUAAUUGUUUUAUUUAUUGCUUUUCUUUUUUAGAUUGAUCACAUUUUAUUUUCUUUUAAAUUAACUUUUGCAUCACAUAUGUAUUGAAAUUUAAAAUUAUUAGCACUAAAAAUUAGUGAUUUAUCAAAAUAUCAGUUGAUGUCACUUGAUAAAAUUGCUAAUGAAUAUUUAUUCCAUGCUCUUUUUCCUAAAUGCACGACACUGAGCAGUCAGUCCAGCUUGGCUUCAAACGAAGAACAUCACACACCACGGCGCUUAGAAAUAAGGCAGUUAAAUUCAACAAGGGACAACCAACCUCAAGUGCCAGAAGGUUCCCAAAUGUAUCAAGCCAGAGUACAAACUUUUGGGAUUACUUCAACAGAAAAUGCUUCCCUUAAACCAUCAGACUUAAAAAAGAAACCUCCGGUUCCUGAGAAGCCAAAGUUGGAAAGACCUAGUAUUAAAACAGGAGAGAACUUUGAAAAAAAGGCCGAAGACCAAAAAGCGCUCUCUGGCAGUAGCCCAACCAGAAGGCAGUUAAAUUUAACUACGGACAACCAACCUCAAAUACCACAGCGCUCUCAAAUGACUCAGGCACAAGUACAUGUAUCAACGUUGGGGUCUGCCUCAACAGAAACUGUUCCUAUAAAGCAACGUCCAAUACCCAAGAGACGAACGUUGGAACGACCUAGAAUGAAAGCAGAGGAGGUAAAAAUUAGGACAGUAUCCAGUUUAGCUAGGACUAUCAGUAAGGCGUGGCAUUCUUGA